CUGUGAUGUCAUCAGCCCAGUCAUACACACAAAGACGAGGAGGACCCACAGGCGCUCAGACUCUCUCAGCUUAGUUAGCAUACUCUGCUGUGGAGCGGCUGUCUACAUCCCACUAUUGUCCCAGUGAUGACGUCAAAAGUCAGAGGAAACUGACAUCUGAGUAGGGUGGUGAAACUGUCACCACAACACGGAAAGGAAACAGGAUUUUGUGUGUGUGUGUGUGUGUGUGUGUGUGUGUGUGUGUGUGUGUUAGUGUAACUGUUAUGUAUGUAUGUGACUGUACAGUAUGUACAAAAGUGUGUGAGGGUGAGCAUGCGCCCUGAUUCGUGAAGAAGAGUUUGUGUGUGAAUAAGAAUGAUUGUAGGAUAAAGAAGCUGUGAAAGCCUUCUUCUAACAUCAUGAUACUAUAAACCAACACUUUCCACCUCGAGAAGCUGCUGGCCAAAGACAGCUGACAGCGCCUCCUCCCUCUGACAGCUUGGCCAGGAGGUACCAAGUUAACCCACCAUUCAACAGGCAACAUGCUGCAGCAGAUUUUAAAGGACAUGUACAUCGACCCAGAUGUGCUGGAUGCUCUUAACGAGGACCAGAAAAAGACUCUGUUCCUGAAAAUGCGCCAAGAGCAGGUGCGGCGCUGGGAAGAGCAGGAGGAGAAACUAGAGAGAGAAGGGGGGGACGCUAAGCGAACAAAGCCAAAAAAAGCCAACAGUAAGAAUGUGAGCUGGCUGCUCGGCCGGGAUGGAGAUGUGGCGGUCCUUGUGAUCGGAGAGGUGGAUGAGCUAAGCUCCAAAUUCAUCUGCUCAGGAAUUGGAGAAAAGAAGGCGCAGAGUCUUCAGAACAAUGCAAACCAUCAAACUAUCUUGAAGAGCAGAAAAGCCACAGAACCUGUCAGAAGUGAGAGAGAGAACCUCCCUCCUAAAACACAACCUGGAAUCUCACUCAGUUUAAAGGGGAAAUGUGAGGACACGAGCACUUCACCCCCUCUGCCGGUGUCAGUGAGCGAGCAUUCAUCACCUCCAGCAGCAGAAAAGGUACUUGUGAAUCUCGAGUUGAAGUCAGCCAGUGCCACUGAGGAAAAGUCACUUCCCCAGCCCUCCAUCUGCUCCAGGCCUCCCAUGAGAGCCAGCCCUGUCAACGUGAGACCAGCUUCGGCAAAUGCAGCACCAGGCUCUGUCAACACGAGACUCGGCCUCGCAAAUCUGAGGUUGGCCACCGCCACACCAUCAGCUUCCUCCAGCAGCACUGACAAACCAGACUCUGGAACAGCGUCACCCACCAGAGUAGGCUUGUGCUCACAGGAACCUCAGAAGCCCCAGGCAUCACAAGUUGGGAAAGAUAUUGAUGCAUCAGAAACGUCUCGGAGGGCUACCUCGCUGGAGGCCGGGUCAACAGGGAGCACACCGACCUGUGCAGGGCGUGGCCGGGUGGCUCAGCUGAUGAAAACCUUCAGCACUGAAAGCACUACAACCCCCGCUCGCGGCAUCAAGCCUCCUCUCCCCACCAAGCCUGGUCACUUGCGUCUAACGACCACACCCACUGUCAGGUAAUGCUUAUGCACUGAUGCACAAACAACCACCCAGCUUUACGCAACCCCGUGAUUCAAAUAAAGCCACAGUAGACAAUGCUGGACACCUAAUGUGGAGGCCCUGCCAGUGGGCUAGUGGAAUGGAGAACUCCAAAGGUGGCUCUCAAAAAUGGUAAUGUUCACAAUGUUGCAAUCACUCCCAAAGCACAGCAAUGGAAACGCUUGAAUGUAAUGGUUUUCUUUUAUUUUUGGAUGCUGCUGUACUGUAAACACUCUUCGUGGGAAAGAAAUUUCAAAGCAGUUGCUAUGUACAGUAUAUGUAUUUGCCAGGGAAUUGAUGACUAUCACAUGUAUUCACUUGUUGUUGAUGCUUUUUUCACUAUGUGUAACAUGUGGAAAAAUACAUCCUCAUUUUUUGUCCAAUUCACAAACCCUCCUAACACAAUAUUGUUUACUUACCAAUGAUAUUAUAUUCUUCACUUAUGAAACAGUGUGGUUCAGUAUUUGUGGUUCACGACAAAGGGAUGGGUUUGAGAGGGCAUAACGGGGUGAAAUAAAUCACGGUAGGGUCCUCCUUCAUAUUGCUGUCUCCUCCCUGGGACCAGUGAAGGGUUGUUGAUUUGUGACAUUGCAACGUAUGCAUGUGGCAGGAGCCUCACUGCGACCUGUUGUGGACCAAUGACAGUGCCAAAUGCCUCGUCAGUCGCUGCCAAAUAAUUCAGCUCUUUGUUACUCUUCAUCAAUUUUAAUAAUUUAGAGAUGCAUGGUUUUACUUUUUUGUUUUUCUUAAAAAUUUUCUAUAGGGAGAAAGACGUUUUGUAAUGGGAAAUUUAACAUUACUACAAUGCUCACUUGUAAAAUGAGAGCCAUUUUUAUCUUUAAAGUCAAGCUUGUAUGGUGCAAUCAAAGAAACAAUAAAAUUGUGUAACUUGUA